AUGGCUAUUCUUCUGGGUGCACUCCCGAUUUUCUCUCCUGAGACAUUCCUUCCAGCCGAGCACCUUCAGGCCGUCCAGCAGUUUUUCCAGAAAGCAAGUACAGACUUGGAUGAACCGGGGCCAUACGUCGCCCGUGCCAGUGUCCAUACAAAUAAUUGGGCCGUCCUUGUUUGUACGUCCAAGUUCUGGUUCAAUUAUCGUCACAUGGCCAAUGUUCUGGGCAUGUAUCGCACUGUGAAACGGUUGGGAAUGCCGGACAGUCACAUUAUCCUCAUGCUGGCGGAUGAUGUCGCAUGUAAUGCUCGAAAUCCCUACCCAGGGUCCGUCUGGUCAGAAAGCCACCAUGACAUUGACUUGUAUGGAGACGACGUCGAAGUGGACUAUCGCGGCUAUGAGGUGACUGUGCCCAAUCUUCUAAGGCUCUUGACAGGUCGCGUGCCUGUGCAUACCCCGCGCUCCAAGAAGCUCGAGUCAGACGAGCAUUCGAAUGUGUUUCUGUACAUGACAGGCCAUGGCGGCGACGAGUUCCUCAAAUUUCAAGAUGCCGAGGAGAUUAGCGCCUACGACCUGGCUGAUGCCAUCGAGCAAAUGUGGGAGAAGCGCCGAUAUCACGAGCUGCUUUUUAUGAUUGAUACAUGCCAGGCAAGUACAAUGGCCUCGCGCAUCUACAGCCCCAAUGUGCUUGCGAUGACCAGCAGCGUGAAGGGCCAGAAUUCCUAUUCGUUUAGCAACGAUUACGCUGUGGGUGUCCCACUAAUCGAUCGCUACACGCGUGCGGUGCUCGAGUUCAUGGAAAGCGUCACCCGCACGUCUUCGCAGACCUUACAGGAUCUCUUUUCAAAUCUCGAAGGCCAGAACAUAUAUUCCACGCCGACUGUUCGCCAAGAUCUAUUUGGCAAACCACUGAAAGACGUAAAAGUCACUGACUUUUUCGGGGCCGUAGCACAAGUGCAGCUAACAUAA